AUCUCAUCAUCACCAUCUACCACUCUUAGUAUGACGGGAACUUGAGUGAUAUCUAUUUUAUCCGGACACAAUAUCAUCACAAUUAAUCUCCGGGUCUGGAUUUGCUCGCUUGCUGUUACGUGCUUUCGAAAUGCCUCCCCCACCAGAUCUAUCCCAUUACAUCCUCUCGGACUCCGAGUCCAGAGAGAUCUUCGCCACAAAGAUCCUCCCCAUCGAUCUCACAGAAUCCCUUACCCCGCACCCCACCCGGUCCCGGCCUCUCGCCGUACUCAUAGUCGGCCAGACAGGCGCCGGCAAAACCCGGACCGCGCCCACCGUCCUCGAUGCCAUGACCCGCAUCCAUCCACCGGUGCACCUCAUCGCCGACGUCUACAAGGCCUACCAUCCGUCCUACCUCUCUCUUCUUGACUCCGCAACCCCCGCUUACGCGUCGCCCGCCACGGGCCCCGACGCGCGCAAGUGGCUCGCCAUGGCCGCCGCCGAGGCCGUCGCCCGCAAGCUCGACGUCCUCCUCGAGAGCGCGUGCCGCCACCCGGAUGACUUCCGCGAGCUAGCGCGUCUGUUUGGUGAGGCUGGAUACUGCGUCGAGGUCGUUGUGAUGGCCGUUCCUGCGGCGCUGAGCAGGCUGGGCAUCCUGCAUCGCUAUUACGAGAGGUUGCCGGAGGCGGGGAGUGGGUGUUUGCCUAUCCGGCUUACGCCUGUCAAGGUCCAUGAUGAUUCUUACGAGGGGCUAAUGAGUGUGGCAGAGUGGAUCGACGAAGUGGACUACGUCGCCCGGGUCCUCAUCGUAAGGAGAGGUAACAUGGUUGCAUUCGCAGAUGAGAAAGCCGAGGAUGGCAAGUUGCAAGGCAAGGUUGCUGAAGCAGUGAGGAGGGAGCGAGAUCGGCCCCUGACUGAAGAGGAAAGAGGCGUCGCCCUGAGGGACCUAGAGAAAUUAGCGGCACGCGACGCAAGCCUGGCUGCGCAGAUCACGGGGUUGCUCGAACCUCUCUUGAGAGACGAUAACCAUACGUAUCCAGACCUCCGACCGCUAGUUUUUCCGCCCGAUGGUCCGAGAGAAGCUUUGCUUACGCUGGGCAAAUUAUGAAAACCGGGAGAACAGUUUGGAUUAGUUUCUUGAAAAUUCUAGAUUACUCUGAUGGUAGGUCUCGAAGCCUUUGAUAGAUAAUACAAGUAGAAAAGAAGGAGAAAUUGCAAGAAUAAUAUUGGGUUAAAAAGAUGAAGG